AUGCCUGAAGAUGUCAUCAUUAACUGCUCAAAAGACUCAAAAGUUCCUGCUCCUCCAAAAGGUCAUAAGUGGAAAGAAGUAAGACAUGACAACAGUGUUACUUGGCUGGCAUGCUGGACUGAAAAUAUCCAAAAUAGCUUCAAAUACAUAAUGCUGAAUCCAUCCUCUCGUCUUAAGGGUGAAAAAGAUUGGAAAAAGUACGAGACUGCUCGUUGCCUACACAAGGUAAUCGACAAAAUUAGAGCAGACUACCGAGCUGAUUUCAAACACAAAGAAAUGCGGAUACGCCAGCGGGCUGUUGCACUAUAUUUUAUCGAUAAGUUGGCUCUUCGUGCUGGGAAUGAAAAGGACGAGGAUGAAGCUGAUACUGUUGGUUGCUGUUCACUUCGCUACGAACACAUCAAACUCCAUGAAGAGUUGAACGGACAACCUUAUGUUGUUGAAUUCGAUUUUUUAGGUAAAGAUUCUAUUCGCUAUCAAAAUGCUGUAUCCGUUCCCAAACGCGUCUUCAAGAAUGUCAAACUAUUUCUGAAGAACAAAAAAGAAAAUGACGAUUUAUUUGAUCGACUUAAUACGAGUGUCCUGAAUCAGUAUUUACGAGAACUUAUGGAUGGUUUAACUGCCAAAGUAUUUCGUACGUACAAUGCAAGUCGAACUCUGGAAGAGCAGUUGGAACGGCUUACCAAUCCUGAUGAUCCUCCUCAUGCUAAACUUCUGGCAUAUAAUCGAGCAAAUCGAGCAGUUGCUGUUCUCUGUAACCAUCAGCGUUCAGUUCCGAAAUCUUUUGCAAAAUCAAUGGAGAAUUUACAGAAAAAAAUCGAUGCAAAACGUGAGCAAAUUUCGGAAAUAACUUCUGAAGCUAAACAAAUAAAAGCAGAUUACAAAAAUCACAAACAAGCAUCCAAGAAGGUCGCUUAUGAAAAGCUGAAGAAACGCUUAGCAUCUGCUAAAGAGGCUUUAUCAAAAUUGCAGCUUCAAGCAACUGAUCGAGAUGAAAAUAAAGAGAUCGCUCUCAGUACAAGUAAACUGAACUACCUCGAUCCUCGGAUUUCAGUUGCUUGGUGUAAAAAGUAUAACGUUCCUAUUGAGAAAAUUUUUAACAGAACUCAAAGAGAAAAAUUCCAAUGGGCAAUAGAUAUGGCUACAUGUGACUACAAGUUUUUAGACGUUGAUUCAGAUAGAAGUACAAACAAACUCAAAGCUGAGGAAAGUGAUGAUGAAGAUAUGAUUGACGACGAAGACUGA